AUGAAUCUUGCAGCUAUGCCUACUGUUACUUCUCUAUCUUCAGCAGUAUCAUUGGCCAAACCUCAAACUGAUCCUUCCCUUAGACGGAAGUAUGUCUCUUCACAUCUGUUGUCAAGGAACAUUUCCGCUGAUCCUUCAGCUGAGAUUGAAUUUAGCGGUGUCUUCUUCGGAGUUCCUUUCUUCAAAUAUGCUGAACUUGAACAAGCGACAGACAAUUUCCAUCCUUCCAAUGAGCUCGGAGAUGGAGGUUUUGGCACUGUCUACCAUGGGAUACUUCAGGAUGGAAGGGAAGUGGCAGCUAAACGCCUAUACGAACACAACUCGAGGCGCGUGAUGCAAUUCCUGAAUGAACUCGAAAUCCUAACCUGCCUGCGCCAUCCCAAUCUUGUUUCCCUUUACGGCUGCACUUCACGCCACAGCCGGGAACUGUUGCUUGUUUAUGAGUACAUUCCUAAUGGCACUCUGGCCGAUCACAUCCAUGGCGACCGAGCCAAGGAUGGCUUGCUCACAUGGUCUAUUCGGAUGAGCAUAGCCGUGGAAACUGCCAGUGCAUUGGCAUACCUCCACGCUAUUGAUAUCAGCCACCGCGAUAUCAAGACUGACAACAUACUACUCGACAACAACUUUUCUGUCAAAGUUGCUGAUUUCGGGCUUUCAAGACUCCUCCCAACCGAUGUGACACACGUCUCGACAGCUCCACAGGGGACUCCCGGCUAUGUUGAUCCGGAAUAUUACCAAUCUUACCAACUUACUGAUAGGAGUGACGUUUAUAGCUUUGGAGUUAUGCUCAUUGAGCUCAUAUCGUCCAUGCCUGCCGUUGACAUUAGCAGACAUAGGCAUGAGAUUAAUUUGGCUAACUUAGCAAUAAACCGAAUCCAGAACCGUGCAUUUAAUGAGCUGAUUGAUCCUUCUCUUGGGUUUGAGUCAAACACUUCAGUCGAAAGGGUGACUACAUCAGUGGAAGAGGUGGCUUUUCUAUGCCUACAACUCGCAAAAGGAAAUGAGGCCAAGCAUGAAUGA